GCGGAAAGCUGCUCUACUGGCUCGUCCUGAUUCCUCCUCGCUGUCUGACAAUAGCUGUGGGCUGCUUUGUGUUUGCAGGGAAUAACAUGCUCACUUGAAACACGGGGUUGGCACACCAUUUGAAGAAGGAUGGACAAAGGAGCCAAGGAGAUUUUUGUGUCCACGUUCCGACUGGCCUUAAAACCCAGAGUUGGAUUUUUCAGUUCAGAUAAAGCUAAAGAGAAUGGAGUCGAGGCGGAGAACAAGAAACCUGGAUCUGCAACAGCACUCAAAGCAGAAACCCCAGAGUUCAAAGAAUGGCUGCAGGACUGUGUCGUGUGUGAAGGAACUGAUGCCUCUUUUCAAGCGGUUAUCUCGGGAAGUGGCCCUCUGACAGUUUCCUGGACGCACAAUGGUAAAAAGGUUCGUUCACAUAAGACUUCCUUCCACAAUGGGGUCGCGACUCUGGCUUUAAACAACUGCUCAUUUGCGGAUGCCGGUUCUUACUCAUGUGUAGUUGAAAAUACAGCAGGAAGGCAGACUAGUACUGCUGCCCUGUACGUCACAGCAUUAAGGGAAAUCCAGACAGGAAGGAACCAUGAGGUGAGGAGUGAGGUCAUGUGUAAAGUGGACGUCGCCAAAAAUACUCUACAAACAAAAGAAGACAAAGAUCACAAAAAGGAGCAGGCCAAAGGUCGUCCUGUUGUAUUUGUGGAUGCUCCUGAUAAAGUGGAGGUACGCAUUGGGGAAAAGGCUCGACUACACUGUGUAUUCAAGAGUGUUUCGGUCCCUGUGGCCUGCUGCUGGGUCUACAACAAGGACAAGGUGGUGUUGGGAGGGACGAGGAUCUCUUUUAGGAGUAGUGAAUCUCAAAGCAGUGUGGAGAUCUCUCAGGCUUGUCCAGAAGACCAGGGCUGCUACACUAUUGUCGUACGGAAUCGACAGGGUUUUGCACACCACACUGUAACUCUUAGUGUUAUUGACCGUCCGGACCCUCCUGCCUCGCAUCCCGUUGUAUCAAAGUUAACCUCAGACUCUCUGGUGCUGAGCUGGACGGGCCCAAGCUACGACGGGGGCACGGCUGUUCUGGGAUACAUCGUGGAAGUCCGAGAAGAGAAGUCCGAAAUUUGGAACGAAGUAACCACAGACUGUAAAAAUACAUGUUAUAAGGUCAAAUCUGGUUUGAAGCCACAGGGCCAGUAUCGCUUCCGAGUCCGAGCGUUUAACUCUAUAGGGAUCAGCGCACCAAGCCAACAGUCAGACUGCAUCAAAAUGGCAUCUGAGAAAAAGAAAGAAGAAGUGCUAAAAUAUGUAGAUGUCACAGUCGACACAAAAAACAAAGUGAAGGAUCAUUACGAUGUUCAUGAGAAACUGGGAGUUGGAAAGUUUGGCCAAGUUUACAGGAUGACCCAUAAAGAAAGUGGUGAUAUUUGUGCUGGAAAAUUUUACCGCUCCCGAACGUCGAAAGACAAAGCUGCUGCCUUAAAAGAAAUUGAACUCAUGAACUGCCUCCACCAUCCCAAACUGGUCCAGUGUUUGGCCGCUUACGACACACGCCCUGAGAUUGUGAUGGUCAUGGAAUAUAUCCCAGGUGGUGAGCUUUUUGCGCGUAUUGUUGAUGACAACUUUGAGCACACGGAGCCGACCAGCGCGCGAUACAUGCAGCAGAUUUUAGAAGGAAUGCAGUACGUCCAUAAGCAGAAUAUUGUUCAUCUGGAUCUCAAACCUGAAAACAUCGUCUGCGUGGACACGACCGGCACAAACAUCAAGAUAAUAGACUUUGGGCUGGCCAGCAAACUAGACGAUGAUAAACCUCUCCUGGUGAUGCACGGGACGCCCGAGUUUGUGGCACCAGAAGUGAUCAGUUAUGAACCUGUCAGUCUGGAGACGGACAUGUGGAGCAUUGGAGUCAUCUGCUACGUUCUGCUCAGUGGAGAGUCCCCCUUCCAGGGCAACAAUGAUGCUGAGACUUUUGCUUUUGUCACUGCGGCAAAAUUUGAGUUUGACGAGGAGAGUUUUGAAGACAUCUCUGAUGAAGCAAAGGAUUUUAUUUCUGUAUUGCUAAAGAAAGACCCAAGAGACAGACUGUCCUGUGCUGAUGCUUUAGCCCACCCCUGGAUGGCCUCUUUCACCCCUCUGUUGCGAAGACCAACCAAAUCCCUAAAUAAGACGAAAAUGCGGCGCUUCUUGGCCAAGCGAAAAUGGCGGAAAGCUGGCAAGGCUGUUCUGGCCCUGAAGCGAAUGGCUAACCUCUCCAACAGGCCCGACUCCCCUGGCAGCUCCUCAGAGGAGCCAGGAUGGAGCCAAGAGGCAGAGGAGGCCAUCCGCUCUUUGGAUAAGCAGCUCCAGAGCGAACCACGUUUUCACCAGACUCUGAAAGACACGACGCUGCCCAAAGGAGCCACGGCGCAGCUCACAUGCCUCGUCAAUGGUUAUCCAGAGCUGCAGGUGAAAUGGCUUCAGAAUGAGAAAGAAAUCUUGGAGUCAUCUCGAGUCACAAAGGAAAUAAACAAGGACGGAGUUUGUUCUUUGGUUCUGAUUAAUGUGAAACCCUCUGAUUCUGGAGUGUAUGUGUGCAGAGCUAGCAACAAGGUCGGAGAGGCCAUGUGCUCAGCCAAACUGACUGUUACCCACUGAUGGAGAAAACCUAACACACAAAUAUUAGAAGUUUAAGAUGUUUUGUAUAUUAACGUGUGGUUUCACUACUAAAACUAUGAAUGUACAGAUGAACUAUUGUUAAACUGUCAUUGAGGUCAACAACAUUUACAAGAUUUGUAUUGUGAAGUAUUUGCACCUAAAUAUUUUCAAUAAACACAGAAAUGAUUUAUCAUUUUUAAUGAUUUUGGUGUGUUUAAGUCACUAGUCUAAUAAAUGAGAACAAGCAUUCCAGUGUAUUCCCACUUUUAUUAUUAAACCUUUAGUUCAUAAAACAUUUGAUAGAUACAUCUGAAAUCACUUUUAAAUCUACAUGCUU